CUUCCGGCACGGCGUCAUGGCGGCCGAGGUGUCGGAUCCCCUGGAGGAGGAGCUGACCUGCCAGGUGUGCCUGGAGGUUUACACCGAGCCGGUGAUCCUGAGCUGUAAGCACAGCUUCUGCCGGGGCUGCCUGGAGGCGGUAUGGAGGGAGGCGGAGGGUUACUCGUGCCCGCAGUGCCGGGCGGCCUGGGCGGACAGGCCCCGCCUGGAGAAGAACUUCCAACUGGCCAACAUCGUGGCCGGUUACCUGGCGCUGGAGCCCCGCCACGGCGUCGUGCCCUGCACCUACUGCACCAAGAAGAGGCGCUCGGCCCUGAGGAGCUGCCUGCAGUGUGAGGUGUCCAUGUGCUCCCUGCACCUCCGGCUGCACCAGGAGAACGCGGUGCUGAAGGGCCACCCCCUGACCGAGCCCACCGCGGACAUGGCGAUGGCCAAGUGCGCGCAGCACCACAAGCUGCUGGAGAUCUACUGCAAGGACGAUGCUGCCUGUGUCUGCAGCCUCUGCGCUUUAAUAGGAAGCCACAAGGGCCACGACUUAAUCAGCAUCAGUGAAGCAGCGAAGGAGCUGAGGAAUAAUUUGGGAGAUCAACAGGAGGAACUCAGGCAAAAAGUUAAAGUUUCCCAAGUUGCUCUCGAAGAUGUUAAGAAAGAGAAGGAAAAUGCUUUGGCAGCAAUAAAGGAGAAGGAAAUAAAUGUUGAGGAGAAAUACGAAGCUCUCAGGAGGCAGAUUGAUGAUGAAGAGAGGAAAGCUUUCGAAGAGCUAGACAAGGAGAAGAUCCAAGUAACAGCAGAGAUCGAUGCAAGGAUCCUCAACGUCCAGAAUGCAGCCAAAGAAUUUGACAAGUCUCUAAUGGAUCUGAACAAUCUGUCAGAAAAGUACGAUGACAUCCCGUUUAUACAGGAAUUUAACUCCAUCACUGCCCGCUUGAAGGAUAUCUCGCUGCCACUCGAGUCGAUGCCUUAUUCUUUGAAUAGCGUGCAAGUGAAAGACCAUAUAAAAUGUUCAGUUGAGGGAAGUGAGGAGCAGAGGAGCAGACAGAUAAUGGUCAAACUCUAUGGCCAAUCACCAACUCUCGAUCCAGACACAGCAAACCCAUACCUCGUUCUGACAGACAACAAUAAAACAGUGUCGGCGUCGAAUUACAUCCAGGUGUUUCCGAAAAGUACACAAAUCUUUGACCGGUGGCCCCAGAUCCUUGGUGCUAAGGGUGUGAGUUAUGGCCAGUCUUACUGGGAGAUCCAGGUGAAGGAUGGUGACGGGGCCUGGAGCAUUGGAGUGUGCUACAAGAGUAUCAACAGGAAAGGAGAGGGUAAUGACUGUCUGCUGGGGUUUAAUGAUAAAUCAUGGUGCAUCCACUCUGGGCCAGAUGCCCUAUCAGGUCUACACAACGGCAGGAGAAUUGCAGUGAAGGCAGAGAAACCCUCCACAGUUGGAGUGUAUAUCAAUUUUGAAGGUGGGAUAAUCUCCUUCUACAGUGUGCCAGGGAGUGAACUCACCUUGUUGCACACCUUCAAUGGAAGAUUCACUGAGCCUCUCUACCCAGCCCUGCGGGUCCGAAUGGGAGUGACCCUGUCCCUGUCUGUUCUGAAGUGAUUGUUAAAACUCUGAUAUACACUGCAUUCCACCAUUGUGUUCGGUUUCUCUGUCAAAAUUGCCUUCGUCACAAAAAUUUGAACCUACAAUAUUGCAAAAAGUUGGUUUUCCUCAUGCUGUUCCUAUUGACGAUGUGAUCGAUCCUUCAGCCCAGGCAUGUCCAAAUCUGGUUUGGUUCUAGUGGUUUACAUGCUAUUCUACUAAACUUCAAUCCUCCUAAAAGGGCCAGUCAGGCAUAAUCUGUAUCUGUCUUGCUUCAAAUCAGGGUGCAUGUAUUUAUUUAAUAUCUUCAUGUGUAAUUUAAUAUUGGUCAAUAUGUUCCUGAAUUUGAAGUGAAUGGAUUGGUGAAAAUCGAACUCCUAUAGGAGAGAAAGAAAUAAAAUCUGGAAAUAAAGAUUAAUUGCAAAAAAAAAGCUGCAGCUUGCAUAUUUGUCAGUGUGUCUGAUUAGAAUGGGCUCAUUGCCAAGUUCUUUGAGAGAUUGAAUGUGAAGCACUAAUUUGCUAUUACAGAAGUCUCAUCAGCACAUCGAACAAAGCCAAAUUUCAAAUGAUAGCUGCAAUUUAUAUUAUUGGAGAAAUGGUGUAACGUGGUUGAGCGUUGCCAUGAGAAAGCAUUGAUUCCUUAUUCCCCCAGAUAAUUUGAUAGAAGGCUCGAGGCUUGAACAAUAUGUCUGUAGAGCACAGGCCCUGUGUAUGAAUAUUUGUCACUUCUAACAAGCCACAAGAUGAGCUCAAUUGAUUAUCAUCAUUGGCUGUUAGUAUAACUAUUAGUGCAGUUGGGAUUGUUCAGCACCUGCAGGCCAAUCACCUGUUUCUAACUCGUUUUAUUUUCAAGCUUUGUAAAUGCAGGCUGGUUGAGUAUGAUCUGUUCUCUGCCUGUUAUGAGCAGCAAAAGGAACAUGCUGUUUGAUUCAAACAACCAAUCACCAAUCUGUGGCUUAUUUUCCUGGCAUUCCAGUGACACUAAAAUCCAUACACAGUCUUGCUCAACUGUGUUUGAUAAGUAGAACCUUAUUUAGCACAGCACUUUGUUAGUAGGAAACUGUGGCAUUCUUGUUUCUGUCCUGAUGAUUCCAAGACAAAUCUGUAGCACCACAUCUUUCUGUCUCUCUUAAGCAAUGUUCCACGUACGUUAAAACUCUGAAUGCAUACAUCAAAUUGGUCUCUAUGAUUCAAACUAUAGGUUCCAAGGUAAUAAAUAGUAGGCAUCCUUGUUAGAUUUCAAAAACACACAGAAAUAAUUCUCACUACUGUCCAGUGUCUCACAUCUGAACUUGAAGACGAAUUAAUUCUUGCAUCAAACCCAUCAAAAGUCGCUCAUCUUGAAGAGAAAUAGAUUAAUGUGCAUGGUUUACUAUCUGUGAUAUGAAAGGAUGUUGCCAUAAAAGGUUAUACAUUACCAGCCGAGUGAUAUAUACGUGAACAGCUUGAACUCUCGUGACCAGCACAGAAUGUAGAACCACAUGCGAAGAAGUCAACAAGUCUUGACCUUUAUCAGUCUAUGUAAGAAAUUCAUUCUGAAUAAGAGCCUUGAAUGUGUCUGAUAUCUGUGAUAUUGUUGUGUACAUGGUGUAUACUUUCGUUUUUCUAUA